GACAUCGAGUUCGACCUGUCACCGCGAACUUCUGGCAAUAUAUUUACAACGGGAGACUUGACCUGCGCUUCUCAUUGUAGUUGGGGUUCCUGUCCUAGAUCCUCGCCCUACUCUCGGCUUCUGGCAAUCCCACGACCACGCUUUCACCACCGACAUCUCGGGUUCAGAGACAUGGCUUUCUCAUACGGCAAAGUAGGCUCCAACGAUGACGACCAGCACCCCGGACCCGGCCGUGUCACGCUCCGGAGCCGCGUCUGCAACAUGACCAGCAAACUGCGCUGGCCAUCGACAUACAUCCUGCUCCUCGUCAUCCUCGCCGCCCAACUCCAGAUCCUCCACCGCCAGCCCCCUUCUAUGCCGCUCAGCAGCGAAAUAAACGGACUCAUACCAACCUUCAGCUCGCAGCAGAAAAAGUUCCUUAAAGAUGACCGCUACAACUCGGACCACCGCACGGCGUCGUCCAUCGCAGCCACAACAGCAAACUGGCUGCGCCUCGCGCCCAAGGGCGGCGGCUUCGUCCAAGUCCCAGACCACCGAGACCACAACCUGCCGCCGCCGAUGCACUUUGACGAAAUCGCCGUGCUGCGCGGCAAGGACACGUACUCGAUCGCCGUGUUCCACCAGAUCCACUGCCUGUUCCACGUGCAGGCGUACAUGGAUUCGCUGGCGCUGCAGAUGCGGGCGGGGAACACGACGCUGGACGAGCGGAAGCUGGUGCACAAUGAUCAUUGUUUUAAUUACCUCAGGAAUGCGAUUAUGUGUGCGGCGGAUACGACGCUCGAAGGGCAGAUUGAGGGGGAUAUGUGGGAUGGCGAGGCGGGCACGGACGGGACGGGGGCGACGCAUGUGUGCAAGAACUGGGACGAAGUGGUGGCGUGGGCGGAGAAGAAUCGGUUGUAUGAUUUAAGGCAUCUGUGAGGAGCGUCGGGGGGUUUUCCAUGUGUGUGGAGUCGUCCAUUCUGUCUUAGGUUGAUCGCUAGUCGGUGGGAACAAUUUCAUCUUCGUUGUCAGAGCUCGUAGUGCUGGAUCUUGUGUUCGGGAAAGCAGUCUACGGGUCAGAGACCUGACAGAUGCUAACGACAAAGAUGAAUGUGCAUGUCCGAUGCUAUGA